AUGGAUUUCUCACUUGAAAUGAAGAAUAUUCAUUCGUACUCCAGAUUGUAUUGCUCGUUGUCUGGAUACUUUAAAGACCUCUGGGAUAUGAGUCAAAAUGGGGAAAAUGAAAACCAUCAUAUCUAUGUUACUGCUCCACCCCCACCACCUCCACCAAUCCCAGAAUUACAGUCUUCAGCAGUGAGACAACCAAGUAGAAUGGAAAAAGAGCCAUUGAUCGACGAGGGAAACGAUAUGAUUGGUGAAUCUAGAACAACCUACUGGAAAGGGUGUGAAUUUCUGAAAGCAUCUGGAUUGUGUUCUAGUAAAUUGUCUCUCCAAUCAGCUUCUGCAAAUAUGUGCCGAAUUUGUCAUACCUCUUCGUCAUCCCGUUCAAAUCCACUCAUUUCGCCUUGUCGAUGUUCUGGAACACUACUUUUUGUUCACAAAGCAUGCGUAGUGAGAUGGUUGGAAAUGUCAACUCGAAAAAUGGUUCCAUCGCCGCGUUGUGAAUUAUGUGGAUACGAUUACAGAAGAGGAAAUAUAUUUCAAAUGAAAUCAUUACAUGUUCCACAUGUCGAUAGAACUUCGUGUCUACUCAAUGUAUUAUUUCUGAUUACUGUUUUUAUUAUGGUAUUUUGUGGUUAUUUCACUAUUCAAUUCAUACAGGAAAAUGCUUUAUUAAAGAGGAGAUUAUUUGCUCACAGCUCGACGAACACUGCGUAUACGUGGAAACGGCGUGGAUAUUUCAGUGGGAACGGAGGAAAUAACGGAGAUUCUGAUGUAACAGAUGGAUAUUUCUCAAGAACGCCCGUUUCUUCGCUGUUUGAUAUCAAAGUUGUUUUAUGCGCAAGCAUGUUUUUGGUCUCGUUCAUUCUCGCUCUUUUCACACAGUACAAAGCCGAGUCUACAAUAUUCCGAUGUAUUUUCCGAUUUUUCGUUAUUAAUCAAAACUGGAUGAUUAAGAAUUAUGAUAUCAAAAAUGAUCCGGAAAUGGCCCACCGACGUCUUCAAAGACAUCCUCCUUCAUCAGCAGCCCCUCUCACUUUGUCUGCUUCUGAUAUGUGUCUAAACGUGUCUUCCUAG